CUAUGGAGCAUGAUCAACCUCAUGAAUGCAAAGACGAUGAGCAGUUCGCUUGGCCAUGGAAGGGUGUUCUUGUUAACGUGCCUACCGAAUGGAAGAACGGGCGCCGCGUCGGAGAACAAGGAAACCACUUGAGGGAUCAGCUCUCGCAAUUUUGCGCACGAAAGGUUAUUCCUUUGUGGGACAAACACAACGGCCAUACUAGGAGUGCCAUUGUGGAGUUCACAAAAGACUGGAGUGGUUUCAAAAAUGCAAUGGACUUUGAAAAUCACUUUGAGGCACGAGGAUGCGGCAAAAGGCACUGGAAGGGGCAGCAGUACCAUGGGCCGGAGAUGUUUGGUUGGGUUGCAAGAGUGGAUGAUUACAGAUCGUACACGCCUAUUGGUUCCUGGUUGCGUAAGUACAGUGAUCUAAAAACCAUUGUUGAUCUUAAGAAUGAAGAAGCCCGUAAAACUGGCAGACUUGAAGAAAGUCUAGACAAACGGGUUGAGGCAAUGGAUAGGAAUGUGCAAGAGCUUGAGUACGAGUACAAUCAAACGACUCAAUUGCUUGGUAAGGCAGAGGAGGAUAUGAAGAAGCUCAUCCAGUCUCACACUGAAGAAAUUCACAAAAUACAGCUUGAUGAGCUAGCUGCUAUAGACGAGUCUAACAGAAUCACCCUCGAGCAAGAGAAGGAAGAGCGUGCUUUGAUGGAGAAAGUGAGGGCAAGUGAAACUUUGCUUAAGCUUGUUGAAGAACAGCAGAGGGAGACAAAACUUGCUCUAGAUAAGGAUCUUGAGAUACGGCAACUAAUUCUUGACAAGCAGGCUCUUGAAAUAGAACUGAAACAGCUACAGGGUGAAUUGGAAGUAACGGAGAUUAUGCCAGGUGAGGAAGUUUCGAAGAAGAAGAGAAUUGGUGAACUCCGCGAGAAGCUAGAAGAGAAGUAUGAGGAAAAAGAAUAUUGGGAAUCAGUCCAUCAGGGUCUGAUUGCCAAGCAAACAGCACAUACUAAUGAGUUGCGACCUGCUAGGAAGAGGCUAAUAGAUGUAAGCUACGGCUUCCAGGACCUUACAAAUGGUCGAGGAAAUAUAGGCAUCAAAAGAAUUGGCAAACUUGAAGAAAAAGCAUUCUUAAAUGCUUGUAAGAAACAGUUACCAGAAGACGAUGCAGAAUUUACAGCUGCCAUUCUUUACUCCAAGUGGGAAACUCAGAUUGAAAAUUGGUCUGCCAUGUUUCAUGGGAAUAGCACGGAAAUUAUCUCCAAGGACAAUGAGAAGCUCCGGCAACUAAAGGAAGAGCACGGCGAAGAAAUGUACGCCUUGGUAACAAAGGCGCUGGAUGAAGUCUACAAUUACAAGCCUUGUGCGGAAGAACAAGGUCGAGAAAUCUAUGGUGUACCUGUGUUGUGGAACUACAAGGCAGAUCGGCGUGCGACGGUAAAAGAAGGCAUCCAGUACGCCCUGGAAAAGUGGGCAACAAAGAAAAGGAAGCGCUGAGCC